CCCGCGGCGUUGCUACGGACACCAACUGCCACAUGGAUCCUGCUUUUUGGAAAGCUGGGGCUGAAGAUGUCCAGGUACUAAAUGAUCCCUUUCAGGAGCCAUGCAGACUUGACCUGCUCAUCCUCUUCGUUCUCCCACCAUCGCCACCUCCGCAAUAGCAGCUCACAGCCAUGUUUUGUGUCUUGCACCUUCUACACGCCCAUCUGCCUGCCGCCUCCACCCAAGGAAAGCAUCUCCCUUCUCAAGAGGAUGGAGAGGAGGUCAAAAACAGAGAUGGACUAUUUAAGCAAAGAGCAAGAAAGUUCUAGCGGAAGUGAAAAGAACUCGGAGAGGGAAAGGGCAUCCAAAAUGGAGAGCAUGCUGAAGAAGGUGCUGGUAGAAAACCAACAGCUGAAAACUGCUGUACUUUUCCUGAAACAGCAGAACAAAGAAAAAGAAAAUGAUGUGGAAGACUGCAGGAGGUCAGUGAGAACAGCAGACCCGCCAUGUCUGAUAAAGGAAAAUAUCCACUCUUGUUGUUUUAAGUUGCCUGAGUCUAAAGAAAAACUUCUGACUGAAAUUGGGUCUCUCUUGACGGAAAUUGCCUUCCUGAAGGAAGUGCGGGAGCAGCUGAAGUACAAGGACCCCGAAUCCAGGAAAGAAACCACGAAAGCCCUCACGGAGACCAUCCAGGCGAAACUAGAGGUGGCCCAUGCGAAGAUCGAGGCAGCGGAGGCCAAGAAGGAAACCCUGGAGGCCCAGCGGAAAGCGGAGGAAGCCCAGGAGUCAGCCGAAGCAGCCCAGGCCCGGGAGGACAACCUCUUGUCCUACGUCUCCAAAAUCGCCAACCUGGCCUACCAGCAGGCUGCCGAGGCCGAGUACGACUGCGCCCAGGCCCGGAAAGCCAUGGCCGUGGCCGAGGCCCUCCAAGUAGCCUCCCUGGCUGACGGCAAAGCCCGGCGGGGCCACAAGCACCACCACCACCACCACCACCAGGACAAGCACCACCGGAGCCACCGGAGCCAGCACGGGGAGUGCCGGUGCCACCACGGCAGCCACCACGAGCACCGGAGCCACUACGAGACCCAGAGCGACCUGCUCCACUCAGAGCCCGAAACCUUGAGCAGCACCCGAUAAGAAGGCAGGAAGGAGGGGAAGAGGGGAAGAUGGCUGCCUGGGAGAAGAGGCCGGCUGGGCUUGAGACCCGCCACCAGACGGGGGGCGUUGUGCAGAAUUAAAGUUAUGUUUGAACCACA